AUGUCGAGGGCUCUCCUGAUGGUAGUAGCUUUGGCCGCCGUCCAUGGGCUCAUGCUCCCCGGCGUCGACGCGACCGUGGCAGCGACAUGCCUGGCGGCGUCCAACAGCGACCGGCGCGUGAACUACGACUUCUGCAUGUCGGAGCUGAACAAGCACCGCGACAGCCCGGGCGCGGACACCCCGGGCCUGGCCAAGGUGGCGGCCAACGUCGGCGUCAACAGCGCCGGCGGCGCGGUCAACGACAUAGAGGCCCUGCUCGCCGCCAAGCAGCCGCCGCCGGACGCCAGGACCAGCGCCACGCUGCGGCUGUGCGAGCAGCUCUACGACGACAUGGAGCUCGCCUUCGCGGGGGCCUACGACGAGAUCAACGCGCUCAACUACACGGCGGGGAAGCAGAUGGCCGCCGACGCCGACUCGCUGGUGCGCCGGUGCACCGGCGGCUUCGCCGAGGCCGGGCUCGUGCCGCCGGAGCCCGUCGCGCGGCCCAGCGCGUACGCCGUGCAGAUCGCCAUCGUGUGCACGGCCAUCACCAACCUCAUCAUCAGUCCAUGA